AUGACCACCACACCAAAUCCACCUGUGAAUAGCAGCAACAACACAGAAACGCGGGAAGAAAAAACUAAACGUCAUUCACGAACGCAUUCUUCUCGUAGUUCUCGUAGAAAUAGUAGAAAUUCUCCAUCGACCGCAACCACGACCCCACCUGCUUCGCCUGCUUCAUUUUCUUCGACGAAAAAGAAAGACAAUAGUUCUUCAAAUAUAGAGGCGGAGGAUCAAAAUAAACAUACCAACAACAAGAAUAGCUCUAAUAAUACUAUUACUAAUGGCAAUGAAACUAUCAGUGCUGGCGUUAAUAAAAAAAAUUUCAAUGAUUUAGAUAAUUCAGAAUUAGAGAAGAAUUUGGCGAAAACACUUGCUGAAUUUUACAGAGGAGGUGGAGAGGAUUAUAUAUUAAAUGGGGAAGAUGAAGAUAUCUGGGAAGAACCCGAAAAGAAAAGGCGUUUACCCAUAAAAGCCGAUCAUUAUGAAUAUGAAGAAGAUUUAGAUGAAUAUAAUGAUGGAUUUACUAAUCGUCGAGCGUGCGCUUUAUACGAUUUUCGAGCAGCAGAUGAAAGUGAAUUAAGCUUCAAUGAGGGAGAUAUUUUAGUUAUUAAAUAUCAACAGAGUAAAGAUUGGUUUUUUGCUGAACUUUUAGUCGAUGAAGAUGAUAAUAGUAAAGCAUCUUCGGGCCUUGUACCGGAAAAUUAUUUAAAGUUGUUAGGCGAUGAGACUGAGAAUAUUGAAGGGUGA